AUGGGUAAAAAGAAAUCGAAGCGAAAGCCACCACCGAAAAUAAAAUCAAUUGUUCCUCUUGAAACACAAUUCAACUGCCCUUUCUGCAAUCAUGAACGCGUUUGUGAAGUAAAACUUGAUCGUGAAAGAAACGUUGGAUGUAUAUCAUGUCGAGUUUGUAUGGAAAAUUUCCAAACAACAAUAAACUAUUUAUCAGAACCAAUUGACGUUUAUUCGGAUUGGAUCGAUGCAUGUGAUCGGGCACUCGAUGAAAUUGUUGCGUAA